AUGUUGAGCUGGAUUGUAGGCAAACCGUUUCAUAUGCCACCAGCACUUUUGUCUUCCGUAUCUGGUGACAGCGCAGCUUUCUUCAAGGCUGGUGACUUUCUGGAUCAAGAGUUCAUAAGCUUGGAACUGGGUCUGCGAUCCCACGGCUUGCAGGGCGGCGUCUUCGAGUAUCUGCGCAGUAAACGACAAAACCUUUGUGCUUAUUGUUUUCAAGCUGAUGGAAAGAUGUCAGUGCGUGGCACUGUGCAUGUAUCUGCCGAGUGCAACUGUCAAGACACAGAGACUUUUGUUCAAGCCAACGGGGGAACGACGAUGGAUUUGGCGAAGCGCCUGGAGUCCAGGCCUGCGGCUGAGCGCAGAGUUGCCAUCUUGUCUGAGCUCUACAACGAUGGUGACCAGUGCGGAGAAGGCUUGAAUCUCUACUUGGAGGAAGCAGCCUUUAAAGAUAACGAGGAGGAUUCGGAUGCCUGCGACUACGUAGCGUCACGUCUUGUUUUCGAUCUGGGACCGAAGUUCAUGCUUCGACUGCAAGGUGCUCUCGUUGGCCUUACAUCCAACACUAGAGUGCCAUGUAAAUGCUGCGUGCGACUGGACAUCGCAGACAGCCAUGCGGAACUCAAGAAAGGCAAGCCAGGCGGCUUUGCUGGAGACCUCCAUGCAGACGUUGAGCUCCUUCCAAACUAUGGAGUCGACGAAGAGGGCAAGUUCCACUUCCGACAUUCCCUUGUCAAGCUCCAAGCUCCUGACCGCAAACUUCCCCUUACAGGGCGACUGCUCUCACUGGAAGUCUGGAGCUCCGACACAGCUGCGACUGCGAGCCGCAAGUGGCGCCUGUCGGCUUUCGAAGUCUUCGGUGAUCUUCUGGAGCUGCCAGAGGAACUGACGUUGCGGGAUAGCCGAGGCCCCUUCAUCUUCGAUGAGCGUUCGGCAACCUGCUGCCAGUUUCAAGAAAUCGGCAUCCUCGAAAAGGAGCAAAGAGUCAGGCAGGUCAUGGACGUACAGAUGGAGGAAAUCCGCAACAUGCGGCAACAAGCCUGCGAGGACCCGGAGGAGCCUGCAGCUCCACCGGAACCCGACAGCGAAGGCCGAGCCUUGGGAGCCGUUGCCCCAAGGAUGGAUAUUCCGCCGUGUCAGCUUGCCGUUGUGACACGUGACAGCUUGGCAAUUCUCACAUACUUGAAAGUAAAUCGAUGCACCGAAGAAGUUCAGCGGCGAGACGGGGCCGUUGCGCCCCCGAUCAAGGAGGACGCCCCAUCUGCUCCCGAUCUCCGCCAGCGAGGCGAAGCAGCGCAGCGAGUAGGAGUGGCCAUGCCAAACAUGUCAGAGCUGAACCUGAUGGCAUGUGAGGACUGUGGCCGCCGCUUCAACCCUUCCAGCCUGGAAAGGCAUCGUGCAGUCUGCCGGAGCGUGUUUGGCGGCAUGCAUAUGAGAUCGACCUUUGAAUCUCAGAAUCAGCGGCUGCGGGAUGUCAAGGAUCGCAAGGACCGCGCGAGUGGUUCUGGCGGUGUCCUAGCAGGUGAUGCCGCUGGACGGCAGGAUCGUCGGACAAGGACAUCCUCAGACGCCGGCACGCCCGUGGCACAAGCUAGGGCAGCUAGGGCGACCUAUGCGGCGUUGCUUGGACUGAAACUCCCGGACUCCAGAUGUCAGAAAGUUGGCCAGGGCCGCCAGGGCCUGCACGGCCCGGUGCGACGCAGGAGUGUCCACAAAGCACAACUCUGCCUUGCGAGCAGGCCUGUCAGUGACUUGCGAGCCAUGCACGGCGCGAGGGAGGAUCUGCAGAGCGGCCCUGGCCAUGGCCGCCCUGCCAAGGUUGAUCAGAACGUUGCUUUGACGGUGACUGUUGAUGCAGUGCAUCAGUCGCCAGAGCCUGAAAGGGACUCCCCCCGAGGAUACGGGGUGUGGCAGGCAGCGCCCACAUCACCAGGUGCCAGCGGUAGGAAACGAGGCAGAAAGAGGGACGGCGACGAAUCGAUGAUAGCGGCAGAAAAAUACACGGAGCAGAAGGCAUCCUACAAUCAUAUUUUUGUCACAGAGUUCGAUUGGACGGAGAUGACAGCUGGUCUCCACUGUGAGGCCUCGGUUCCGGCAGCAUGGCUCAUACAUCGGUCUGUCUCGGAGAUUCUGUCACCACGAUCCUCUCAGGCAGAGCAUGGCAUGACUGCAUCACUCCACUGGAAUGGUCGCGAGGAUCCCCAGAGUAAGCUGGACAUCUUGGAGCAGGAAGUCCAAGAGGCUAUUCAAGCCAUGACCGAGUCCAAACCCGAGGCCUUGCCGAACUCCUCCCCACAACACGGAGGAGCGUGCGACUCUCCUCGAACGGGCACGGCUUGGAGUGAAGAUGGGCCAGCGGCCGCAGUGCGCCGCUCGGUCCGCCGGUCCCAACGAACUCGGUCCAUGGCUUCGCCGCGCUUCGCCACGCCAUGGCCGCCAUGGACCAAGGCAAGCCUUGGCUGGGUCAAUGUCGGAGGACUUGCUACUUUGCAGUUUCUCGGGGUAACGAUGUGGAAAGAGUGUCAGAUUCUAUUGCUUCCGCUUCUUUCACUACUUGACAGUGACUCCCAGUCUCGCUUCGCAGAGCGGCAGCAAAACAUCGCAACCAUGAGCUGCAACGGAGGCCUCGGUGCAAGCUGCAGGCCUUUCGCAUCCUCGCUUGAUAAAGCCAUGCCCUUCGCGGAUGUGGCUGCGGCGUGGCUGGGAUACGCAGUCAUCGCAGGAGCGUGUGUUGUGAAGCUUCCGCAGAUCUACUUGAUGGUAAAGAACCGGAGCGCAGAGGGCUUGUCUGAAACUUCAGCAGCGCUCGAUGCCAUAGCCGCCAGUUCCUUCUCCUACUACAACUUGCUCAAGGGAUUCCCCAUAUCUGGCUGGGGCGAACAAGGGAUAGUUGCCGUUCAGGCCACUGUUGUCCUACUUUUGAUAUGGGUAUACCGUGAGGGAAUCCGACUGAAAAGGCGAUUCUGUGCCUUGGCGGCAUGGUUGGCCAUGAGCAUCAUUAUGCUCAAAGAAGGUCACAAAGAGGACUACAAGUACAUUCUUGUGGUUCUGGGAACCUCACCGACUGUCAUGACUGCAGUUUCGCGAAUUCCUCAGAUUUUCCUGAACUGGCAAAAUGGUCACACUGGACAGCUGUCGGCCAUUACUUUCUUCUUGCAGUUUCUGGGUAGUGUGGCGCGCUUUCUAACCACGCUGCAGAUCAUGGGUAAGGACGUGCUGUCCUUAGUAUCGCAUGCAACAGGAGCCAUUUUCAACCUCAUUGUCGUUCUACAAAUCUAUUCCUACAGUACUCCGUCCGACGGCAGAGCUGCCAGACCUUGCAAAGCCGUGGCUAUCGCAAUGGCCACUGAUAAAGAAGUGUUGACAUGUCUCAUCGCUUUGUAUUCUCUGCAGCAGCAGAAGUUGGUGACACUCCUUCAUGGAGCUCAUUGCGGAUAUGUCAAAAGGGCCACCUCAAACUGUUUUGCUUCUGUCUACGAUCCCGUUUUCCACAUCUUGCGCCGAAUGGUUUGA